AUGGGUAAAAGUAGUAAGGACAAGCGUGAUUUGUAUUACCGAAAGGCCAAAGAGCAAGGAUACCGAGCUCGCUCAGCUUUCAAACUCUUACAGCUCAACGAGGAAUUCCAUUUCCUCGAUGACCCCAAUUUGAAAAGAGUCGUUGAUCUAUGCGCUGCCCCUGGUUCGUGGUCUCAGGUACUCUCGAGGAAACUGUUUGAUAAAGAUGAUUAUACCGAUAGGCAGAUUGUUGCGGUCGAUCUACAGGCUAUGAUGCCAAUCGACCAUGUGACCACUCUACAAGCUGAUAUUACCCAUCCAAGAACAUUGCAUCAAAUCCUAGAGCUCUUUGGUAAUCACAGAGCUGAUUUUGUUUGUAGUGAUGGUGCGCCUGAUGUUACUGGUUUGCACGACUUGGAUGAAUACGUGCAGCAGCAGUUGAUUAUGAGUGCCCUACAGCUGACAGUUUGCAUCCUGAAAAGAGGCGGAACAUUUGUAGCAAAGAUAUUCCGCGGAAGAGAUAUCGAUUUGAUAUAUGCACAACUAGGGUACCUGUUUGACCAAGUAACGUGUGCAAAGCCGAGAUCAUCAAGAGGUUCAUCCCUAGAGGCGUUCGUAGUUUGUCAAGGCUACAAUCCGCCUGAAGGCUGGCAACCAUCGUUAGAUACCAACAGUAGUGUUGUAGAGUUCUUUCAAGAUUGCCCUGUCGGAUCUAAUGAGAAUCGAACCAUUGCACCCUUCAUGGCCUGCGGUUCACUAGAGAGCUUCGAUUCUGACGCCACAUACCACGUGGAACCCUCAGCCACUUCUUUGGACCCUGUACAAGGCCCAACGAACCCCCCUUACAAGCGAGCAUUAGAGCUUAAACGGUCAGGAAGACUCACUCGCGCCGUAUGA